CUAAACAAUGAGAAAAAUGUUUUGCUUCUUUAUAACGUCAUGCCCUUCUGCCUUCUUUCAGUGACUCCUCACUCUCUCCACUCUCCAUAGCUGCUGCAUUCUCUUCACGAUUUCUUCUUCGUUUUAAACCUUCCCUCUACCGUACUUGAUUGCAGAAAACUGAAAAGGGUUCUCAUUUUCAUCUCCAUUUUCUGCAAAAAAAUGGAGCGGAAACAGGGCUUCUUUUCAGCACUCAGAGAGGAAGUAGUACGAGGUUUAUCACCGGGUCGGUCCAGAGGGCGAAGCCCAUCUCCUUCAAGGUCGAGUUUAAGGAGGAGAAGGAAGGGAGCCCACACGGUUCCGCCGGAGGCGUUCAUUUCGAGAUCGGGGAGUUUGAGGCCCGGCGUCGAGACUCUGUCGCCUUUGAGGGAGGGUCCGGAUCCGGCCGGGUCGGAGGUUGGGGAUAGUAAGAGCGAGAAGUGGGGCCACUGGCUGUGUCGGGCGCCCUCCCUUUCGACUUCUGCCUCCGGAUCCGGGUCGGGUUAUCAGAGGUCCGAUCUGAGGCUGCUGCUUGGUGUCUUGGGUGCGCCGCUUGCCCCGGUGCACGUCAGCAGCAACGACCCUUUGCCUCAUCUCAGCAUUAAAGACACUCCCAUUGAAACUUCAUCAGCUCAAUAUAUACUGCAGCAGUAUACAGCUGCAUCGGGAGGACAGAAGUUGCAAAAUGCUAUUCACAAUGCUUAUGCAAUGGGAAAAGUGAAGAUGUUGGCAUCAGACAUUGAGACUGCUACAAAGGUCAUUAAGAGCAGGAAUUCUUCGAAAGCAGCCGAGUCUGGUGGAUUUGUUCUCUGGCAAAUGAACCCAGAUAUGUGGUAUGUGGAGCUCGCGCUUGGUGGUAGCAAAGUCCAUGCUGGAUGCAACGGGAAAUUAGUUUGGAGACAUACCCCCUGGCUUGGUGCACAUGCUGCAAAAGGGCCCGUCAGACCACUGCGUCGUGCCCUUCAGGGACUUGACCCGAGGACCACGGCAAACAUGUUUGCUAAUGCUAGAUGCACAGGAGAGAAGAAGAUUAAUGGGGAGGAUUGCUUUGUUCUCAAGCUUUGUGCUGAUCCACACACAUUAAAAGCAAGGAGUGAAGGACCUGCGGAAAUAAUAAGGCACGUUCUUUUUGGCUAUUUUAGCCAGAAAACAGGGCUUCUUGUGCACUUAGAAGAUUCCCAUUUAACGCGUAUUCAAAGCAAUGGAGGUGAUGCUGUUUACUGGGAAACAACAAUCAAUUCAUUUCUUGAUGAUUAUAGGCCUGUUGAGGGGAUCAUGAUUGCUCACUCUGGGCGGUCAGUGGUUACCCUUUUCAGGUUCGGGGAUACAGCACUGAGUCAUACCAAAACCAGGAUGGAAGAAGCAUGGACCAUCGAGGAAGUAGCCUUCAAUGUUCCUGGUCUGUCGGGAGAGUGUUUCAUUCCACCUGCUGAGUUGAGAUUGGGUUCUCUCAGCGAAGCAUGUGAACUUCCUCAAGGAGAGAGGGCAAGGACAGUGGCUGCAGCAGCAGCUUAUCGGGCUAAGGUUGUUGCGCUGGAGAAAUCACGGGAGAGCAAUGUCAACAAUAUUGUACUCAAGAUGGAUAUUUAAGACAUGAAACUGGUUUAGUAGCUUCUUAGUCCCAGUAGGCUAGUUUAUUUGCACAAAUAGACUGACGAAAGGAGGUAAGUUAGUUAGCUAGGAACUCAGUUGAUCGAAGAAUUUUGAACUUGGAUACAGAUCUUUCUGAAUUGUAUAUAUUAAACUAGAUGCCUUGAAAUGAAACUCUCAGUCAGCAGUUUCUUGCUAGUGGAGGCUUAUGUUAUGUACCCGCAGCGCACUUUCAAGCUCAGUUGAGCUGUAACUUUUUAACAUUUGAGAUUUCGCUCUUGUAAAAUCUCGUCUCAACUGUAAUAUUGAAUAUGGUCAUCCCUUUCUGUCAUGGUUUUGUAUUAUUUAAGGUUGUACUGGCAUCCAAAUAUUCACUAUCGCUACUGAAAAGCUGUUUGCGUGAGA